AUGAGGGACUGGCGAUGGGUGCCAUCGAAACGAAAUAUUGCGGAUGUGCUCACUAAGUGGGGUCGCGGUCCUCCAUUACAAAGGAAUUCGGAGUGGGUAGAUGGUCCGACGAUACUUUAUCAAUCGAGCUGUCAGUGGCCUUCUGCCGACCCAAUCGAUGAGACUAAUGAGGAGGCUAGAGGAUUAUUGUCGUUCCAUGAGGUGGUUGCCGUGGGCAAAAUUUCUUGUUGGACAAAGUUACUGCGGGUUACCGCUACCGUUGUUCGAUUUGUCACCAAUUGUAGGCUCAGGAAAGCCGGGUUGCCAACCAUUACUUCUCAGGCUACGGAGUAUCAACGUUCAGUGUUGAAGGCAAAAUUUCCAACUGUUCAACAGCCGCUUCAGCAAAAUGAACUUCAACAUGCAGAAAACAUUUUAUGGAAGCAAUCACAAUUUGAUAGUUUUCCAGACGAAAUGAGCGCACUCACAGAAAAUCUUCAACAUGAAACGGGACGCUCGCCGAGGAAGAUCGAGAAGUCUAGCAGCCUGUAUAAACUUUCUCCGACACUAGAUGCAGAAGGUGUUCUGAGAGUUCGUGGUAAAAUGGAAAUAAAUGAAGCAAUUCCAUUCGAUAAAAGAUUCCCGAUUAUACUAUCGGGGAAACAAGAAAUAACAAGAAAAUUAAUUAUGCACUUACACGAAAAGUUUGGCCAUGCAAACAGAGAGACUGUGUUCAACGAGUUGCGUCAGAAAUUCUGGAUACCGAACGCGCGUGCAGCUAUCCGACAGGUGUCCAAGGAAUGCGUGUGGUGCAAGGUAAAUCGAUGUGAACCUUCUAUACCGAUGAUGGCCCCAUUACCCAUUCAGCGCACUACACCUCACCUACGACCUUUCAGCGCAGUAGGAAUAGAUUAUCUGGGACCGGUUGACGUAACGGUUGGCCGCAGAAAUGAGAAACGAUGGGUAGCGGUGUUUACGUGUAUGGCUGUUAGAGCCGUACACUUGGAUGUGGUCUAUAGUCUGAGCACACAAUCUUGUCUGAUGGCGAUCAAAAGAUUCACGAGCAAACGAGGAGUCCCAGAACAAAUAUUUUCGGACAAUGCUACGUGUUUCCAUGGAGCAAAUACCGUCAUGAGAGGCGAAAUAAACAAAAUCAACCACGAGUGUGCAGAGAAAAUCAUAUCACCUGUUACAUCGUGGCAUUUCAACCCUCCCGGAACACCGCACAUGGGCGGUGUUUGGGAACGGAUGGUACGGUCCGUCAAAGAGGCUCUACGCACAUUGGACGACGGACAAAGAAUGACGGAUGAGAUUCUCGUAACGUCGUUAGCAGAAGCUGAAGACUUGAUAAACUCCCGCCCGUUGACGUAUAUUCCACAAGAUAACUCCGAACCACUUCAUCCGUGGAACAACGACAAGUGA